AUGGCUACCCCCAGUGUUCUUACCUUUGACACUAAGGGUCGUGCUGUUGACUUUGAGGUCUGGGUCGAUGACCUCCAGCUGUUCCUCCAGUGCGAUAGGACAGACGGCCUCUCUCUGUUCGACCUCACCUCUGGUGCCUCCCCUGCCCCGCCUGCUACUGCUGACAGCACUGUUCGCUCACAGUGGGCGACACGCGAUGCUGCUGCCCGUCUUGCUGUGCGUCGCCACUUACCGACCACCGAGCGUGCACACUUUAGCCAGUACAAGAGUGCUCAGACCUUGGACCACUUCCUCUCAGUUUGCCCCACCACUCUCACCGUUGACCUCCUCGAGGAGCGCCUCCUAGCAGCAGAGAAGAGCAUAGUAGCUGUAGGAGCCUCUCGUGGUGACCCUCGCACCCCCGUCUUUGAGGGGUGUUCCCCCUCCCCCCUCUUGCCCUCUGUUGCUUCUGCUGCUGCUGCCGACCUCGUUGGUUUCUACGGGGUCGGCGCUGCGUCUGCCCCUAGCGGGAGGCGCCGCACCGGCAAGGGCAAGGGGGGCAAGGGAGCUGGAAGGGCUAUCGGGGGCGGUGGAGGUGGUGGUGGAGGCAGUGGAGGGGGUGGGGGUGGUGGUGGGAGUGGUGGCGGGGGUGGCGGCGGCGGUGGCAGCAGUGGAGGCGGAGGAGGCGGCGGUGGUGGCGGAGGGAGCGGAAGUGGCGGAGGUGGCGGAGGCGGCGGAGGCGCCGGCGGCGGCGGCGGAGGCGCCGGCGGCGGCGGCGGCGGUGGAGCUGCUCGCGACUCUACGCAGAGGAGUGGGUCCGGUGGUGGUCCGCGCCAGCAGCAGCAGCGCAGUCGUGAGACCCUGUCCCCUCAGCAGCUUCGUGAGUGGUACGCUGCGCGUCAGCGCGGUGGGGGUACUGGUCCCUGCACUUACGUUCUCCGCACCGGCGACCGCACUGGUGAGCAGUGCGGGGGCCCGCACUCCACCCAGCGCUGCUUCGGCUGCCUGACGGACGAGUGGCGUCACCAGUUCCCUGAGGCGUCAGAGAUCCCUCGCUGGGGAGAUCUGUCUAGGGCGGGGGUUGCCAUCUUUGAUCUUGACUAUGAUGCUAUUCUUGCUGCCAUGUAUGCUGUGACUGUUAGUGUUGAGGGUGACUGUUACCUGUGUGUUCCGCCUGACCCGGGCAUUGAGGCUGCUGCUCUAGGUGCUGGUGAGGCUGCUGCCCCAGGUGCUAGUGCGUCUGCUGCCCCAGGUGCUGGUGAGUCUGCUCUCUCAGGUACUACGUCGGCUCAGGCCUUACACACCUUCACCCUUGACUCGGGUGCUUCCCGCUCCUUCUUUCGCGACCGCACCACGCUUACGCCGCUUAGUCGGCCGGUUGCGGUCUCCCUGGCGGACCCCUCUGGGGGUCCUGUCCUUGCUAGCUUCUCCACUGUCUUACCGUGCCCGGCAGCCCCCUCUGGCACCCUGUCUUGUCCUGAGUCUGCUCCCUGCUCGUGUCGUCUCCUGUCCCACCAGACUCUCCUUUGGCACCACCGCCUUGGUCACCCCUCCCUGCCUCGCCUCCGAGGCAUGGCCUCCCGUGUCCUUGUCUCUGGUCUCCCCCGGUCUCUCCCUCCCCUACCUCCGGGGCCUGCCCCUACUUGCGUCCCCUGCGUCGAGGGGCGACAGCGCGCCGCCCCUCACUCCUCCGAGUUUCCUCCGACGGAGGCUCCGCUGCAGACUCUUCACAUGGUCGUGUGGGGCCCCGCCCGCGUCCGUGGACAGGGGCACGAGCGUUACUUCCUGUUGGUGGUUGACGACUACUCGCGUUACACCACAGUCUUCCCCUUGCGCAGCAAGGGCGAUGUCACUGAGGUGUUGAUCGACUGGAUCCGCGCAGCUCGUCUCCAGCUCAGAGAGAGUUUCGGCUCGGACUUUCCUGUUCUGCGUCUGCACACUGACAGAGGCGGGGAGUUUUCCUCUGCCCGUCUGGGAGCCUUCUGUCGAGCACAGGGCAUCCGCCAGACCUUCACGCUUCCGGCCUCUCCGCAGCAAAAUGGGAUUGCUGAGCGCCGCAUUGGCAUGGUCAUGGACGUCGCUCGUACGUCCAUGAUCCAUGCGGCUGCCGUCGCUCGUACGUCCAUGAUCCAUGCGGCUGCCCCCCAUUUUCUGUGGCCGUUUGCAGUUCAGUACGCAGCGCAUCAGCUCAACCUCCAGCCCCGGGUCUCCUUGCCAGAGACCUCCCCCACCCUGCGGUGGACGGGGAAGGUCGGCGAUGCGUCUGCGUUUCGGGUCUGGGGAUCUCGGGCGUUUGUUCGCGACUUGUCUGCGGACAAGCUGUCCCCCCGUGCUGUUCCCUGCGUCUUCCUUGGCUUCCCCCCUGACGCGCCUGGUUGGCAGUUUUACCACCCCACCUCGCGCCGUGUUUUGUCCUCCCAGGACGUCACCUUUGACGAGUCGGUGCCUUACUACCGUCUCUUCCCCUACCGCACUGCGCCCCUCCCCCCGCCGCCGCUCUUCCUUGCGCCAGGUCCUCCCCCGGUAGACCCCCUCCCCCCUCAGGGUCUUGCCCCGUCAGGUGUGUCCCAGGUAGACGCAGUCGAGCCUGUCGAGGUAGCUGUUGACUCUGGUGCUGCUAGAGGUGCUGAGCCUGCGGGUGCCGGGUCUGGAGGUGCUGAGCCUGAGGGUGCGGAGCCUGGGGGUGCUGAGAUUAGGGGUGCGGAGCCAGGGGGUGCUGAGCUUGGGGGUGCUGAGCCUGGGGGUGCUGAGUCUGGGGGUGCUGAGCCUGGGGUCUGA